AUGUUCAUGAUCCCCGAUUAUCAGUUCUUCCCAAACCGCCAUGCCUUUCGCCAACACGACCCACCUGCUUUCCUCCAAGUCGCGUUCAGAGGGUCGGGAUACCUUUAUCUUCCGGGCUACAACCAUUCCGUCCUUCCACUUACUGGCAUGCAUGUUUACCGGUGGUUGCAUGAAAUUCACAAGCCGUAUUUCGAGGAUUACGUACUAAACGCGAUCAAGAUCAAGAAUUCCGAUGUACUACAAUACGAUAUAGAAGAGAAGGGUCCUGAGAUACUUUCGAACUCUGCUGAAAUUCUUCAGCCGGGAGAUUACUGUUGGACACCCCAAGACCCUGCAAUUGAACUCAGCGCUUUGCCGGAUAUAACUCCGUGUGGCUUGAAGGACUGGGUGACGGCCACGACGGCCUUGUUGGACAACGAUGUCAAACGUGGGAUGUAUGACCCCGAACGUCUCUUAUCUUCUCUCGAAAUACCAUCUGAGAUCCACAAUGAUGUCGUGAAACGGGAUACAGGCUGCUUCUUCACACGCAAAUUAUCCGGUGACAAGGAUUUCAUUACUUCUUGGAUAUUCCCUCCAGUGUCUGGGUUUAAGACAUGCGUUGGCGUUGUGUAUAAGGACUGGGACCCUGCGCCGUUCAUGACAGCCAACAAUUCCAUCCGUAUGUGCUCGGACCUGCACGAACCAUUCGAAGAGAACGCCUUUGGUGUAGACAUCGAUGAUAACUGCCGCAUCAUCGUCUUUGAUCCAGCGAAAAUCAAGGGAAUCACUCUUCCGUCGCAUCUCCCAGCAGAAUCCCUGGCAUAUGUCCAGGAUGAACUCGUUGCUGACGAUAGUGCUGCCUCACCCAUACGGCUCCGGGAUUUUCUUCGCCACCAUUUCGUGUGGUGUUUGAGACUGCACUUUUUAGGAGGUGACAUCUCUGAGGACUAUGAUAGGCAGAAGGUACAAGGAAUGAUCAAUAAGGUUUUGAAAUUUGAUCAAGCGGGAAAGAGUCUGGACGAUCUGAAGAGCCUUAAGGCCUGGCAGUCGGGCUUGGGAGCGGAGGUGCUAAAACAUCACAUAGCUUGGAGAACGUCAAUUGCAGUCAAAAAUUCAGAGGAGAUAUAUAUCGAUAUGGAGGACUCAGAGGAGGAAGAGGAGGACGAAGAGAAUAGUGAAUAG